GUUGCUUUGUUCAUCAACUCUUACUUGAACUAACUGAAAAUAGAACUAUGUUGCAGAAUAUUGGACAGUUCAAAUAUGGAGAUACAGGAUAUCAAAGGAACAACGUUAAAUCUCCUAUUUUUAGAAGGGCGAUAAGGAUUGUGGUGAUUCUUGGUAAGCUCCGGCGCCGGCGCGUCGCUUCUUUACAGGCUUCAAAUCCUUCUACGAUUUCAUGUUCUCGGUUGCGAUUCUUACAGGAUAUUCCUCCAGUGGUAUAUACUGGGGAAAAUAUAGUUGCCAAUUUAGAAAUAGAAUUAGUUGAUGCUGUUAUAGAGAACCGUAAUAAAUAUGGAUCUGAAGCCUAUGCAAAAGUUGAAAUUGUUGUUCUCAAUGAGGACUUUGAUCCUAAACAAGGGAGUUGGACAGCUGUUCAUGAGUCCAAUAUUCAAAUUGGUGGCGGAGGAGCUCGAAAUUCAGUGCCUGGGAAAUAUCUCUAUCUAAAUUUGCAAGGAGGCAUUGGCUGUGCAAGUGAAGUUAAACUGAAACACACAGCGCAAUGGACCAAGAUAAGUAAGGUGAGGCUAGGAGCAAGAGUGGUAGAUCUACCAUAUCGGAUUAAGGAAGCAGUGACAGGAUUGUUCGUUGUCAAGGACAAGCGAUUGAAAAGCCCGAAACGUGAUCCGCCAUCACCAACUGAUGAGGUAUGGCGACUCGAAAAGAUCUACAGAUAUGGUCAGUUUCACAAGAAGUUGACUGCAAUGGAUAUCAGAACAGUGGGGGAUUUUCUAACUGAAUUCUCCAAAAAUGCUGCAAGGUUACGGGGCGUAAGAACUGACUUCUUCCUUGGAAAUUUACUUUCACAACGCCUGGAACUUAUUCUUGGCCCAACAAUGUCUGAUCAUAUGUGGAAUGCUACUAUAACGCAUGCACAGAGAUGCAGACAUGAUACAAGACAACUCGUGCGCUCUCCUAUCCAAAGAGUUUCCAUGGUUAGAUGUGGGAGCUCUUCUCCUGAUAUGACUAGCAACCAGCACGAUCAGUCAGAGGAUUUCUUGCAAAAAUUGAAAGAAAGGCUUUCCAAUGCUAUUAUCUGGGAGGAAUCUGAGCAAGUUCAGUAUGAAUAUCAGCAAGAUAACCUGCUCCAGACCCGUUUAAAAGAAAAUGAGGUUUCCGAGUAUAUUAAUGAAUUACUUGAAGGGUCUGGAAUAUAUCUUUCAUUCCAAACUUCAUUGUCUCAGCCAGCAACCACAACGGUAGUGGCAAAGACAAAGGCAAGACGAGCUGGACAGUAUUAUUUAUCAUUCUGAGAUGGUUCUUCAUUAGGAGGAUUGUCAAAAUUGAGGACCGAUUAGCCAAGAGGUCAAGAUUGUCCUAAGGAACCACAAAAACCAUACGUCCUUUCAAAACGAAUGAACUCAAAUAAGAUUUUACCAUUUUUUA